AAAAAAUGGUCAACUAUUAUGGGAUGGUAAUGGUGGGCGCGUGAUUUUGAACAAUUACAAAAUGCCUGCUGAGAGAAUUGGUACGUCUUGGAUGAGGGUUUCAAGGAGAGGAAAUUAAAAUUUCUUAUUAGCAUUAUCAAGCCCUUUCCAGAUACUUUCAUUCUGGAUGCAGUGGUGCUACAAAUAAACCACACGCCCUUGGACGUCCGUCAGCGCCCCAUUUAUGGCAUAAAGGAAGAAAAUGUGGAUUUUCUGCCAAUGAACACCAUCGUAUUGCAAGAUUCAUCCAAAGGCACUGUUGCUGCCAUUGGUUCUGUGAAUGAUUCUGCUUCCAUGACUAAUAGCAUCCCAGAAAUCGACAACUCUGCUGAAGCAGAUGUGAAUAAAUCUGCAUCUAGCAAGACCUUGGUGCAACAUCUUGAAAACUCCUCGCCUGUUUCUGUGAACGAGGUUCUUUUACAUUCAUCUGUGAGCAGAGUGGUGGAGACUCAUGGGAGUAAUGUGAAGACUAUCACCAUUGAUGCAUCUCCACACAUUGUGACAACGUCCUCCUCCCACAUGCAGGCAGGAUCUCCUGCCAUGGUGAGUGGAGACAAGUCUGUGCUGAAGCGUCACCUGUCUGGUGGUUCCAGUAAUCCUAAUUUAAUUACCAAAGUGAUCAUCACUAGGAAUCCAUCCUCUAGUCAACCACAUGCUGUGCCCAUUCAGGUGACACAGCUGCCCAACAGCAUGGUGUCAUCAGCAGGCACUGUCAGCAUCAUCAGCCAGACUACAGGCAGUCAGACACCCACCAAAACUGUCACCAUUUCGUCUCAGGGAAUUGUGUCACCAGGCAAAGCUGUGAUAGCUACACUGCCUGGCUCACCUACAAAAGUGAAUAUCCCUGUGAACAAAAUGGCCAUUACACCAGCAAAGACCCCCACAAAAAUUACAAUGAUUCCAGUGUCGAUUGCAAAAUCUCCACAGCAAAGACUUGGUGUGUCUACUGGAACCUCUGGUAUUACUGUGGUGCCAAGAACUAGUUUAAGUGACCUUGCCAGCAGCAAUGCCUCUAGCACACCUUCCACCUCUAAACCAGCCACUAUCACCAUGUCACCCUCUAAAGUUAUCAUCAAGCAAGCACCAAAUAAGCAAGGUCACGUUAAAACACAGGCACAGAUUGCUCCUGCUGCACAGGGUCCCAUCACACUGCAGCUACCUGUGUCUGCAGCAGGCAGCUCCAUGCAACAGAUACAGGUGCCAGGCAGCAAAUUUCACUAUGUUCGUCUCGUAUCACCUUCUACCCACACAUCAGUCACUAAACCUCUUAAUACAAUUGCAAAGUUGAUACCAGCAACCAGACAGAUAGCACCUGCUACAUCUUCACAGCCUUCCAAUCAAGUUAAAAUCACACUACCAGUCUCACAGAAUUUGCAGUUGCAGUCUGCUAAGGCAGGAACUGUGGUGGGGAGUCAGACGAUGCAGCGCAUCAUCCUUCCUGCAGCUCCCAUGUCUAUGCAAGCAGUGACCACCAUUGCUACCACUACACCCACUCCAACCUCACUCACACCCAUCCGCCCCAACCUGCAUGCAGCAGGAACAUCCAACUUGACACAGCUGCCCCCAGGCACCACUCUCCUCACCCCAUCCACAACAAUUCCAGGGCUGCAAGGUUUUGCCCUUGUACCUGCACAGUAUGUGACACAGUUUCAGCAGCAACUGAAUAAGCAACAGGUCUCACAACCAGCCACUGUACAGCAACCACAACCACAGCCGCAGCAGCAGCAGCAGCAACAACAACAACAGCAACAGCAGAAUGCACAGCAUCAGAAGUCUGAAUAUGUGCCUAUUGCAAGCAAUGACCCAGCUAUAACCAACUACACUAUCCAGAGAAACAGUGUUAAUGGUACUAUGUUGGAAGCAACAGGGGCCAGACCACGUAAACCUUGUAACUGUACCAAGUCACAGUGUUUAAAGUUAUAUUGUGACUGCUUUGCAAAUGGAGAAUUCUGUCAUAACUGUAACUGCACAAACUGUGCCAACAACUUGGACCAUGAAGAAGAGAGAUCACGAGCCAUUAAAUCCUGCCUUGACCGCAAUCCUACAGCAUUCCACCCCAAAAUAGGUAAAGGAAAGGACAAUGAUGGAAAUAGACGUCAUAACAAAGGAUGCAACUGUAAGAGGUCUGGAUGUUUAAAAAAUUACUGCGAGUGCUAUGAGGCAAAGAUCAUGUGCUCCAGUUUUUGCAAAUGUAUUGGAUGCAAGAAUUUUGAAGAAAGCUCUGAACGUAAAACCCUAAUGCACCUGGCAGAUGCAGCUGAAGUGCGAGUUCAGCAGCAAACGGCUGCCAAAAGUAAACUGUCUUCCCAGAUCUCUGGCAUUCCUUCCAAACCGCCCGUAUCAUCUGCUAGUGGGGAGAGGUUGCCUUUCACGCUAAUCACAGCUGAUGUGGCAGAAGCAACAUCUGCUUGUCUGCUUGCACAGGCAGAAGAAGCUGAGCGCCUCAAGAUGCCCCCUGUAGUUCAGGAGCGCAUGGUCAUAGAAGAAUUUGGGCGUUGCCUCAUGCAAAUCAUCGAGUCUGCUAACAAGACAAGAGGUGACCAGACAUGAGGAAACUAUUUGCCAGAGAAAACUGGUAGCAUGAAACAGGUUCUGCUGUUUUUCUUGUGCUGGGCACUUGUCACUUUUCAUUAACAUGGUAAAGCAUUCAAAGGAGUAAGAGCUUGUAGUAAGAUUUCUUUGCAAGGUUGGUCUUGUGAUGGUGCUGCAAAGGAGCUUUCCUUUUCAGGCAACAUCUGUUUAAGAUGUUUUGUCAAGAAGAUUUUUUAUCUUUAAGGAAAGGAGACAAAGGAUCAGCUUCAGUUUGCAGGUUAGUCACUGAGAAGGAUAUUUCAAAUUUAGAUGAUAAGAGCAUGCAGAGGGGACAGUAAGUCAUCUUCAAGUCUGUUUUAUCCCUCUUCUUCAAGUGAUCGGCUUCAGUAGCUAAGAUCUUAAGCAGGAUCAGAUAUCAUUUAUCGUUAAUGGUGAGUCAGGACUGAAUAGCGUGAUAGGUUUUAAAUCAAGCCAUGUUUUUUAUAAAAGAAAAAGUGCUGUGACAAGGCAUCUGUAGGAAAAAAUGCCACUUUUUUUUGUUCAGACUUCCAGUUCGUGGUGUUAUUAAGAUGACUGUUGUACAAGUCAUUACAUCCAAGAAAAGAAUCCAAGAAAGUAGGUUUCACAGAAGUUCUUCAGCCACUUCAGAUUAUGUGGCAUGCAAAAGCAGCAUAUGUCAUGGUGGCUGAAACUUGAGACAAAUCACUGUGAAGUAGAGGCUCAAGGUACAUCAACAGCAAAUAAGCAGUGGCCAGGAAUGCAUUCAGCGUGCAGCACAGGUGACAAAGGUUCCUGCUCCCACUGGGGCCUGCUGAUUGUCCUUUGUGUGUUUCUGGCAGAUUCUGCAUGAAGGCAGCAAGGAGUCUGACACGCGUUCUGCCGUGCUAUGCCAUAUGAAGAAAGUGAUGGAGCAGGCACUUUAUGUUGUUACAGACCAGAUGAUGUUGGCAGGAUGAUAAAAUAAGGCAUAAAAAAACAGAUCCAUUCUGGGCAAUGAUGGACAGUUGUGAUUUUUAACUUUGCCUGUAUAUAUUGACAAAUGCCAUUUGCUAUAUUUACUGUGUAUAUGGGUAUAUCUGCUCUUCACUGAGUGGGAGCAAGAGAGCGGUCUUUGAAAUGUAUUAUAUUCAUAAUAUGCAUAGGGACAUUGUUAAUUAUUUCCAUUGGUGUCACUACCAACACAAUAAACUUUGCAAAUAACUUAACUGCUAUAUCCAGGCAGUGAGGGAAAAGAGGUGAUACACUAGUGAGUUGAAGAAAAAAGUGUGAAGAUUGACUUAUCUCUCUCCUCCUUCCCUCUUUUGUAUAUGAUAAUCUCCCUUCAAUCUAGAUUUCUUUUCUGAAGAAAUUUAGAUAUGGAUGUUGCAUCUCUUUCGGAAGUAUUACUAGAUGGUAAGAUCUUUGUAAAAAGAAAAUGUCAUAAAUCUCAGCUGCUUUUUCUGAAUUUAUAUUGUGGCUAUUGAUAUUCUUUCCAGUGAAUUAAAAAAAAUCGCUGUGUAUUUAUUUACACAGUACAUAGUAAAAGCAACUUAAAUAAGGUUUGCACAUAAGCAUCGAUUUAUAUUUAGAUCUAAAUCAAAUUCCUUUUGUUAUGUCCUUAUAUUAAAUUGAAAAUGACCAAUGUUUUGCUAAAAUCAGUUUUAAAUAGUUUUUAUUUUGCUGAAACUGCUACCUAUAACUAUAAUUAGACCAAGCCAUUAAAAAACUUUGUAAGUACAGUUCAUUUUAUUUCUGUAAUAGCCUUUGUUUAAUAUUGUCAAUAUGCAGCCUAAAUUGAUGCUGGUAUAAACCUUAAUGGAAUUCUAUAAAUUCUGAAAGGAAUUGGGUUCUGUGCAAUGAAAAUAUGAAAGAAAUGCCAUUCCUGGUAUGUAAUGUAUCUCUUUUAAGUACUUGAAAAUGUUUUAGAAAGAUUUUUGUUAUGGUAUUUAACUAUAAGCUGACUCCUCUUUUGGGGUGGUGGGGGGAAGGAAUCUAUCAAUGGUUUUGAUGGAAUAUAUAUAACUGAAAUGACAGAAAUGUUCAAUAGUUCUUAUAAGUGUGUUUUAUUUAUGCUGAACUGGUAUGCGCUGAUAACAUUGGUCUUCCAUUAAAUCCAGACUGCACCAGACGACAAGAGCUUACAACAGAAUGUCAAAAAUUGUACACAUUGCAUUUGACCAGCAGCAGUUCUUGUUUGCUGUGUAGUCCUUUACUUUUUAAGGUGUCUUGUGUCCUACAGAAAUCAUAGUGUGUCUAAGAGCAAAUUGAUCUUGGAUUAAAAACAGUGCAGUGGAAAUUGAGCUUAUAAAUUUCUUUAUGGGUCAUUCAUUGCUGCCAGUUAACACUGCUGCCUUUAUUGCAUACUUUUCCGUCAGAAAGUAAGUGGUUAUUUAAACCUAUUUAAAAGAUGUAAAAAAAAAUGUUUGAGAUGGUAGGAUACUUAAAGUGACCUUGCAAAACAAUAUAGUAUUUGAGUGGCUUUAAUUUGUUAGUAUUUGAAGAGAGCUGGAGUUCUUAUUAAAACUUUGUAAAAUCAAGGCUUGAUUCUUAUUGUCACCAGAUACCCUCUUUUGACAUAAGUCCUUAAAGAAACAUCUUUCGUAAACAUGGACUGUGUUAAAGAGAUUUUUUGUUGUUCGUAGCCCUCCUUAUUUCCAGUCCCCCUUUUACCCCAUAAUACCUCCAUAAUUAAUGCAGUGAGUUCCUUCAGUACAGCUCAGGAAUGAGAGCAAAACCUGUGAUGGUUUGAGAAGGAUGUGACAGAGAAAACAGGAAAAUGAACUGAUGUACUAACAUAGUGAGUUUGAGUUUUCUUGUUUUUUUUUUAAAUGCCGUACAUGGUGGUGUUGUUAGCUGUCUGAUUGCUGAGGGUAUACUACGACACUGGGCUUUAAGGAUGAGUACUUUGCUAUUAAGUGUGUGUAAAAGAAGCAUAUGAAAACCUGAAUUUGAUAAACAAUAAAACCACAGAUAGUAAUAGGGUAGAAAAAUGAAGGAAGUGAGACAAGAGUUCACAGGACACCCUUUGCAGCAUGAUUAUACAAGCAGCUGUGUAUGCAUACAACACGUUUGUAAUUCAUGCAUAUACAAUAAAUACUUGAAUGGUGCCUGUAUCAAACAUUCAUAGCGAGGCUCUUAUAGCUUGGUGGUCAGCAUGUUUGAUUUUGGAGCUAGACUGUGUAGCCUUUAACUGCAGUUUCAAGACCUUAAAUGGACUCAUUUCCUAGGAUCACCAUUUAAUACUAAGGGGUCAUAAGAAAUCUGCCUAAAAUGAAAGUUAUGCAAUCAGGUCUUUUAUUAUGGCCUUUUAUUAUUAAAAGUACAUACUGUUCGUGGUACAUACUAAAGACAAGUUUGAAAAAUAUCGCUAAAGUUUAUUAUCAAAUGAAUGCAUAUGUAUUUUAUGUAUGUACACAUGCUGUUUACUCAUAUGUAUAUUGUAUAAGAUACUUAUUUCUGCCCACAGUUAAGUUUGGUGCCAUAGAACUGGUGAUCAGUUAAUCUCAGAAACACUCUUAAUUAAAUUAUGACUUCCAGAAACACCAUUUUAAAUAAUGGUGGCUGUAGGAAUUUGUGCACAUGAUAUUCUGCAUAUUAAUAAAAUAGCCAACAUAAGUAUGUGUCAUGGUUGAUCUUCUGAUGGAAAAGAUAACUUUUGUGUCAAAACCUUUCAAGUAGGAACGUUUUGAGAAGAGUUGCUGUUAAUGGUUAUAGGGAUUUAAAUGAUGCUUGGUGAUGUUGUGACCUUAAAAUUGCUUCUUCUGAAGGAUUUUGUCAUAACAUGCUGUUGCUUGAGGAUGCUUCUGGAGAUUUUUUUUAAAGGAGUAGUCAGUGAGGCUUACACCGAUAGGCUAUAUCUUUGCAUUGGGCAUGUGCGUGCCGCAAAAGGGGUUGGGAUGUAGUAAAAAUGAAAUUGUCUACUUUUAUCACAGAAAGUAGUGUUACCUGUGAAUGGUACUUUGUUAAUGCAUGAAAGAAUUUGCAUGUGUGUGUGUGUUUGUGUAUUGUCAAAGAUAGAAAUUAAUUGAUGGAUUUUAUAUGUUAACAAUUUGUUAGCAAUGAUGAGCAUAAUGCUUUAGAUAAAGCAGUUGUCUUUAACUAUUUACAGUUGAUGUAUAUGAAAUUUACAUGGUGGCUGAGAAGAACCUUGAGCUGUAGAGAGUCCAAGUCUUUUCAUAUAAAGCAGUCCAUAUUUGUGCCAGUGUUCCUUGGGAGUGGAGUGCUUUUUGAUUGCUUGUCUGUCAGGAUGGUCAGCCCAGUGUCGAUGAACAAUAAAGUAUGCACAGUUAAAUGCAGAAAUUGGUGGCAGAUAAGUGUAUGUUGGAAAAUGAUGAAGUUGUGACUUAUGCCUAAAUGUGUUGAGAAAUUAGUAAGCCAGAUAAUGAUGAAUUUCUGAAUUGUUAAUUAGUGACCAGUUGAUCGUACUUCAUAAAGCACUUUUUAAGCAAUUGUUGUUAUGCAUUGUCUCCUUUUUUAUAGAGAUAGCUGUGAGCAAGACUGUCAGCAUAUGUGCAUGUAUGCAUGGAUGUACAGGAAUGUUUAAUGCUGUAACUGUUGAGUAAAAUUGUAUAUGUUCUGAUUGUUUAGAAUGAAUCACAAAUAUGAUAAAGUAAUACAUUGUUUGAUCGUAAUGGAAAGCAGCUACAUUUAAUGUCUUUUAAUGGUCAUUUGUCACUGUUUUAAAAGAAAUGUCAAGAUCUCUUUGUGGAUUUACAUGCAGAAGCUAUGCUGUUUGAUAAUACUGUACAUUUUGACACUAUAUUUUUCAUUUAAUAUCCACGCCAUCUCUUAGUGCAAUACUGUACACAGCAUGAGUGGUGUCAGUUAUCGUUCCAUUUUUAUUUCCCCAUCAUAGAUUUUGCAAUUUGUUUUCCGUAAGUUUAUGGCUGCUUAGGUAGAAUUAUUUUUUUUUUUUAGGGCAGUCUUAUAAACAUUCUAGGAGAGAUUUUAUCAAGAGUUUCAGAAUGUCUUGUCAAAUUUCGCAUGUUUUGGGCUACUUUUGUGGAGGAGAGGUAAGCUGUGGAUGGAGUAGGUAUGGAAAUACUAAGUAAUAUUCCAUAUGUGAUAUAAAUAGUAAUUUCAAACAGUUCUAUAUGAGGCUGACUUGUUUCAAAGUCAUAUUUUAAAGAUAUUUUUCAUGUAGACUGGUUGAACUUGUAGGAGAUUUGAUAAACUAAGAUAAAUGUAUCAUGUACUAGUUAGCUAAUAUACCUAUCAUUUUUCAUUAACACACCAAUUAGUCAUUAGCAUACAUACCAAUCUAUUGUAAAUCUUUAUAGCUCACUUGAACACAAAGUCUGAGAAAAAAAAAAGUCAUUGUUUUUUUUGGCUGCUGAGCCAAAAUCUGAACUGUAAAGAGUUAAAACUUAGUUGAAAGGAUGCAAAUAAGUGAAGCAAGGUUACAUAACAUCACUUAUUUAUGAAAUACUGUAUGCAAAAUUAUUAUAUUGUUGCAUUUAUUGUCCAAAGGGAUUAUUGCUAAAUGUGAAAACCCUCAAGGUCAGUACUGUGAAGUGAACCAGGUGGUAGGGCAGGUAGAAAAUAGUCACGUUUUUAGUUUUAGUGAGAAUUCUCUGAGAAGACUUUGUAUGUGUUAUCCUACACUGGUGUUGGUAAUAUACUUCUGAUGUUGUAACUUAAAAAUAGAGGAGAAGCUACAUAAUCCUGUUAAAAGUUAGACCUUGGUAAUGCACUAGUUGCUUUAUUCUCUCUCUUAUGUAUCUGUUGUUUUAAAUGCUAACAUCUGCUAACACAUAAUCUGUACUUCAUAUUUUUAGUACUGAGACAGUCUAUGCAGGUCAUAUAUGAAGAGAGUAGCAUUUGUAAUCAACUUUACAAUAACGCGAAUAAUCUUCAGUUAUUUAAACCAGGAGAAUGUUUCCUUUCUGUUUUACUCUCUUUGGUCCCCUCUUCUUCAUUCCUAGUCAUCAGCAAGCUUUGAGAAAGUGAAAGAGAGACACGACUCGUUCAUUUUGGAAAUGUUAUUUAGGAAAGAUGCGUUAAUGCUUAAUGUCCACUGAUUCCAUCCUACCUUCCCAGCCCUUAUUUAAAUGUAAUUUUUCAGUGGCAAGUGUUGGGUUUAUUCAAGGGGAAAACUAUUUGAGUGUAUUCCUUCCGUACAUGAACAAAGUCCAUGAAAUUAAGUGAUGGUUCCUCAUCAUCAACAUUCAUUUAACUAGUGCUAGCUGAUCACCUUUUCAGCCAGCCUGCUGGUUCUGGUGAUCAGAGGUACCUGGCUAAAUGUGAAAGGUACCUGACUUUGGUUGGUCUUUAGCAAGUGGUGAGCAAGUCCUGCAUGGAAUGUUCAGUCUGCUUCCUCAGAUUCAACAUCCAGUUUUUCCUUUGUCCACUUCACUGUCAAUGACCCUUCAAUGUGCCCAAAAGUCUUAGAGUGUUGUGCUGAGUGACAUGAUUGAACAAGACCAUUUCAUUGUUGCAAGAAGGAGUUUCUGAUGUUCCAGUGAGGAUGGCAUCUGCAGUCUGUAUUUUGGUCUUGCGUUUAAUAUAGCAGUUAACAGUAGUUUUCUUAAGGAUACCUGGAUUUUUUUACAGUAAGAGAGUAGAUUCCAGGUCUCACAACCAUGCAGCAAGAAAGGGCUGGCUGCGCAUCAGUGAAUGACAAAAGGUGCCUCCUGAAAUCUUCAGUGUGGCAAAAAAUAUUGCUGUGAUCACAGUUGGUAUGAGCCUAUGUCUUCCCACUUUGUUACAUCAGACUAGCAAUCAGGUUUAAGAGUAGCAAUUCAGUUAUUUGAUUUGUUGCAGUGUUUUCAAAUGAGUGUCUCAUCCAAAGAUGUAAGUAGAUUUUGGUGAAUGUGGAGGAUAUUUUAAAGUGUAGUUGGCUUAUUAAUGGGUGGGAACGUGGUGAAGGAAGAAAAAAAGCAAGUGGAAAUUUGUCUGUGUAUUUUGAUGAUUGUAUAAAGAGAAAUGAUAUUUUGGUAUCCAGCUAUACAUUUCGGAAAGCCAGUACUACCGACAAUCAGUUCCUUGACUGGUACCUGUAAUUAGGGGAGCGGGUGGAUAGACAUGGCAGCUGGCAGGGCCCACCACUCAUGGCUGUUUUGGGCGAUAGUGAGCAGGUCCUGCAGAGGAUGACCAAUCUAGUCUUUGACAUUCAUAAACCAGCUUUUCUUCAGGCCACUUUGGCGCCAACCACUUUUCACAGUAUCUUGAAGGACAGUCAUCGACAGGGUGUUGUUUCAUGUCACAUGGUCAAACCAGAUCAGCUUCUGUGGUUUGACUGUUGCAAGUUGAGGUUCCUGGUGUCCUACGAGUGUGGCAGCCAUGCUAAAGUUAUUGUUUCAUAUUUUUCAUAUGACAUCCUUAGCAGCCUCCUGAGGCACUUGCUCUCCAAUACCUAGAUUCUUCUCUCUGUAUCAGGAAACGGUGUCCAUGUUUCACAUUCAUAAAGCAUGUACUAUAAGGGACUCAAACAGAUUGUAGGAACCUGAUAUGGCUGCGUCACACCCUGGCCAUUGUCGCUGUUCCUGUUGCAACCCUGCUGUAGACAACUGUCAUGGAGGGUGGUUCCCAAGUACUUAAAGCUCCUUAAGCCUUCACUGUUCACGUAGAUCUCUGCUUAGCCAUUGCCAAUGACCGUGACUUUGCUUUUAUCAGUACUGGUUUCCAUUACAUAUUCGUUUGAACUGUUGGUUUACUGGUAAUAAUUUUGCAGUUAUCUGUUAGAGCCUGUUAACAGAUCUAUGUUGUCUGCAAAGCAUAGGCUGCAAAUUGGCCUUCCACCAAUGGAAAUGGAGUUUGGUGGCCAUGGAGGGUUUCACGCAUGAUGUUUCCAAGAUAAUAUUGAACAGCACAUACAUGCCUCCUGUUUGAAAGUAAAUUCCUAUCUGGUUAUUCAGCAGUACUGCCGAGACUGUUGAAAGCAUUUUUAAAGUCUAUAAAGUUGUGAUAGAAGUCCCACUGAUGUUGAGAGGCUUCUCUUUCAGCUGUGCUGCUGCCUGUCGAAAGCCAGCUUACUCUUCUGCUAGCAGUUCCUCAGUGGUGGUGCUGAUGCGGUUUUUUAUUAUUUUCAGCAUGACUUUGUUUAGGUGGCUAAUAAGGCUUGUGGUUCUGGCACUGUUUGCUGUUUCUUUUUAUGGAAAGGGUAUGACUAGUGACUGCAUCUAGACUUUUUGGUACAGAGCAGUUAGGGCCUUUGUAGUUUCUUCCCUACUAUGUUUGAGCAACUCAGCCAGUCAGCACUAGUCAACUUUCCUCCCUUCAGAUUACGUAUCGUUCUUUUGACCUCUUCCCAUAGGACUGGUAGGUCUUCGGGUUCGUUGGUUAUUUUGAAGGAUGUUAGCAUCUGUCUUCAGCUGAAAGUUGUACAGGUACAGGUCUUUGCAAUAUUCAGUCCCUUAGUUGAGAGCAGAAGUGCUUUCUCUGAAAAGGUGAUCAUUGCUGUCGUUAAUGAUGGAGAUCUUGUGUUAACCUGUCUCGGUGAGAGUCCUUAGUAGUUGGUAGGCCACUUAACUGUCACCCAUGCCAUUCCCUCUAUGGUCCUGCACUGGCUCUCAAUCUCGCUCCCUAGCUGCCUUCAUCCCUUUCUGGAUGGCACAAUUCACUUCUUUGUAUUUCGAAUCUGCUUUGGGUUUGCUUUUCCGUUUUCUCUUCAAGGCUCUCCUUUGGUCUCAGAUACCAUUCUCACCAAUACCAUACAUAACUGUGUUGUACUUUUCAGUCACAUUCAGAAGAUAAAUCAAAUGCAUUAAACAAAAUGUAGCAUCAAGUGGGUUACUCUUGAUUUGUUUUUAAUUUCCAGAAGUUAGCUGUGCUUGGUAUUUUGAUAAAGUCUGGAGUCACAGGCUAGUAAAGAAGGCAUCUUUAGAAAUGCAGCAGAAACAUCUGUUACACUUCUCUAACCCCUUUGAAGGGAUAACUUAGAUAAAUUUUGAGGGAUUGGGCAACUUGAGAAGCUAGAUACAUGAGGCAUAAUCCAUAGGUAAACAAAACUAAUACUAAAGCAACAACUCUUGCAAAUAUUUUGUCCAUGUUACUUGAAAAUCUGCCAGUAAUUCCUUUUAGGUUAGGGUUUAUAGUUUGAGACACAAAUUUUUCCUGCUCUUGCAUAUUGUAUUGGCAUAUACAACUUUGAUUUGUCUAUUGCUUUAACAUUGUAAUAAUCUGUGCAGUUUUCAUAGGUUAAUCAUUUGAGCAGCCAUGUGUUUUCUAUUCCUUGUUAUGUAUUUCUUUGAUAAGGAAUGGAAAUGGUUUACUCAUCUAUUUUGGUCAUCUCCACAUCGAUGGGCAUAUGUUACUUGAAGCUGCUUCUUGCUCUGUCUUCAUUCAUAGGUAAGCAGAUAUCAGUGACACUGGCACCUGUCUCAUUCUUUGGUCAUAGCCACACUGCUUAUAACAUGUGAUCUACUAAUGGUGCUUCUUAUCUUCCCUUUUCCUGGUCAUGUUUUGUGAGAUCUACGAGCACAGGUAGCUCAAGAGCAUCACCUUGAAGUGAAUGAGUCAGAAUUCUUCCACGUAAAAGACAAAGAUUUGCAGCUGUUCACAGGGGAAACUAUAUUGGAUGAUGGUCAUGCAGAAAGGUUCCAUUUUGUGCAGGCUGUUAAUAAUUGUUUUGCGUGCUACAUAUACAAUGGUGCCUCGGAAUGCUGGAUUGCAUUCUGAAGCUUGUGCCCUGCUGUACUUGUGUUUAUGUCCCACAUUAUCUGCUCAAAUUAUUUCUGUAUUUUAUGUAAAUGCUUAUUUCUUGUCACUCUCAGUCACCAGGAAUUUUGGAAAUAAAUAUUAAAUGCCUUUGUA